CUGGCGUCCACGGGGUCUGAAAUACAUUUUGGGGGACCAUUCUCAACCAAAAGACAUCUGAUCUGCUGAAUUGUUCGUAAUAGCCUUUUUUGGACACGAAAGAAAAACAACAAAAGUCAAGGAAAAUGGUUUCUGCUGGGCUACAGAUGCUGGGCACGGCCCUGGCGAUCAUUGGCUGGAUUGGGGCAAUCGUCGUGUGCGCCCUCCCGAUGUGGAGAGUGACAGCUUUCAUCGGCCAGAACAUCGUGACGGCACAAACCACCUGGGAAGGCAUCUGGAUGAGCUGUGUGGUGCAGAGCACCGGGCAGAUGCAGUGCAAGGUGUACGACUCCAUGCUGGCGCUCAGCUCCGAUCUUCAGGCUGCUCGCGCCCUGACCGUUAUCGCCGUAGUUGUGGGUGUGAUGGGAAUCCUGUUGUCCAUAGCUGGGGGAAAGUGCACCAAUUGCGUGGAAGAUGAGUCCUCCAAAUCCAAAGUGGGCAUUGCUUCGGGUGUGAUCUUCAUUGUCGCGGGAGUCCUCUGCCUUAUCCCUGUCUGCUGGACGGCCCACACCAUUAUCCAAGAAUUCUACAACCCCCUGGUGGUGUCUGCGCAGAAGAGGGAGAUCGGCGCGGCCCUGUACAUCGGAUGGGCGGCCUCAGCUCUGAUGAUCAUCGGCGGAGGUCUGCUGUGCUGCAACUGCCCUCCCAAGGACGACGCCUACAGUGCCAAAUACUCCGCGGCAAGAUCCGCCACAUCUCCAAAGGACUAUGUGUAAGGACAGAAGUCUGAAGAGCGACUCUCCUUUUGGACUUUAAAGACACUGCCACUGCCAAUUCCGCUUACACGUCUUUUCCAGGCAGUGUGUUUGUUUACCGGCCAUGGUCAUCUUGUAAUGAGCUGUAGAUUUCAGGAGAAUAAAUGGCACUCAGAUGAUUUAUGGCCUUUAAAUACAUAUAACAGUUACAUGUAAUGGCCUGAAGACAGUGGUAAAUGUCUCCAAGAAUGAAUGGUCAUAGUCAUUGACUGUGUUUUGCUACCAAUGGAUUAUAAAUGGUUCUGUGUUGUUUUCUAUUUUCUGAACAAUUACCUAUUGUAUGCCUAGAGAUUUAAAUGCGUUUAAUACAUUUUAAUUGUUCAACUUGUACAUUUCUGUUACGUAAUACCUCUAUGUUGUAUUGUGACCACUUCAAUAAUCUUGAAAUGGUAAUGAAACUGUAAAUAAAUUUUUUUCACAUUUUA